CUGUAAGAGAAUUGAAAAACCAUGUACUCUAGGAAUAAGACAGAAUGCCAAAAGGUUUUGUAUUUUUGGAAAAGAAAUAUUUUGGUUCUUUCCUCGAAUAUGGGCUUUGGUAAAAAGAGGUGCAAAAAAUUGGUAUCCGUGGAUAAAAAUAAAAAUAAAACGGGGCUUUCCGUGGCCAUUAGCCCUGGCCCUGGCCCUGGCAUUCGACGGAUGGAAGUCUAACAAACUCCACAACGACAUCGCUGCUCUGUCAUUUCGCCAUUGCCGCCGUUACUUUCCCCACCGUAGCAGAGAAGUCCUCCUCGGGAUGAGAAAAAACUCCCGUUAGCAUUUCCGCCGAAUCCUUGAAGCACCUCUCUCAAUCGUCAGUCUUCUGAACCUCCUGCGUCGCCCUUGGUUGGUAAGUUGGUGCUGCUUCUGCUUCUUCUUCCUCUUCCAUUUCCGCUCUCUUCUUCUUCUUUCUUCUUCCUUUCAGCUCGAUGCUCGUAUGAGUUACGAGUACCUAUACGGCUCAGUUUUCCUGAAUACAGUCAACGGAGUUUUGAGUAAUGGCGACUGAGUCCUCGUCUCCUCCCAAUCCCCCCGCCGCCGGUGGGACUCCUCAGAAUUCAGCUACAGAAACUGUGCAACCAGCAAAUGAAGUUAAGCAAGAUGCUGCUCCACAAAAUCCCAAGUCUGUCUUUGUGAAUUCAGAACCAAUACGAGAAGACCAAGUACAAAAUGCUGUGAAAUUUCUUUCUCACCCAAAAGUUAGGGAUUCUCCAGUGUUCCACAGGAGAAAUUUUCUUGAGAAGAAGGGGCUAACUAAAGAAGAGAUAGAUGAAGCUUUUCGACGUGUGCCAGAUCCAUCCCCAAGUGCUCAGCCAACUGUUACCAACCAGGUGGGACAGGGAGUAACAACAUCAACCAUUCAGCCAACAUCUGUUUCCCAAACCCCGGUGCCAAUAAUAACUGUUCCUAGCAGUGCGAGUCCCUCUAUGUUCGCCUUGGCUCGGUCUCGAUUUCACUGGUACCAUGCCGUUUUUGCUGUUGGUUUGCUGGCAGCCUCUGGUGCUGGAACGGCUAUUUGGGUUAAGAAGUCCAUGAUUCCCCGACUAAAAUCUUGGAUACGGUGGGUAGUUAUGGAAGAGAAAAAUGGUGACGGAGGCAUAACAAAUAUAAAACCAACUUUGGCUGAAGAAGCUGCAGCAGCGGCAAAAGCGGCCGCAGCUGCUGCGUCUGAUGUGGCAAAAGCAAGCCAGGAAAUGAUGAUCUCAAGAUAUGAAGAGAAAGUAAACAUGGAGAAGUUCAUGGAUUUGAUGCAAAUGCAAGUGAAGGAAAUUAGGUCAAUGGGCAGUGCCAUAAAACACCUGGAAGGAAGAAGUGAUAAAAUUGAAAGAACUCAUCUGGUCGAGCAUGGAGGGCACAGUGGUUCAAUUACAAAACUUAAGCCAACAUAUCCAAAUGGAAACAAACCAGAGAUUGAUUCGCACUCAGCAAGAUCCUCCUUACCACCAACUUCUGCAGAUAAAUCUGCCCCACCUCAUCCCAAUUCAUAUAUGGAUGAUAUAAAUGAUCAACCUCCCAACCCUAACCAGCAAAUUUCAAAUCCUCGCUUGGCUCCCAGGUCUAAGCCUUGGGAGGGUGCUUAUCAAGCCAAAACCAGCUCAAGAGGAGGAUUUGGUUCUGCACUGAACGGGGAAGGGGGUUCAGAUUUCGGUGCGCAGAACAAUGAAGCGAGCAAUCAGGUGGAUGCGCAGAGCACCGUGCCUUGGUGGCAGAAGAAGAACUCAAGAAUCACUGAGACCGACUACGUUGAAGCCAAGCCAGGGUCCACCACUGUUGUACAGACGAACGAGCAGCCACCAAUUCAGCGGACGUGGGUGCCUCCCCAGCCUCCACCAGUUGCAAUGCCUGAAGCAGCAGAAGCCAUUCGGCGGCCAAAAUCCAAGAAAGAGGCAGAGCCUGUUUCUCAAGAAACGAGCGGAGAAGGAUUUUCUGCUGCUGAGGUCACUGAUGAGCUGCAGAGGAUAACCAAGAUAUCUGAGUCCGGAGGGGAAGUAGAGGAGAUGCACAGUGGAGGACAGGGAACGAAUGGAGCGUUAGGAGGAUUGAAGUUGAGUGAGAUUGAGGAAGAACCCGUACAGAGCUAUUAAAGAGGAAAUAAAUGAAGUGAUGUAGAGGAAGCUGUCUUCAAAUCUGUUUGUAUACCUUAAGCUGGAGUUGCUUGCAGAACAGUACGCGUCUUCUUGAGAUUUGCGGGAGCGAAUGAAAUAGGUUAUUAGGGAGCUUCUGACUGAGUAUGUUGUAUGGAUUUAAAUACUAUACGCAAUGGUGGGUGUCGUGGGAUGUGUCAUUUGGCAUAUGAUGGUUGCUGUUUUUUUUUUUUUUAACGUGGGGCCGGUUACAUUGCAUUCUGUAAGGUUAAGGAGAAAAAUGGGUAAAUGACACAUUUGGUCACUGAGAUUACUAAAUC